CUAAUAUUUUCAAAAACAAUAAAAAUCCUGGUCCCGGAUAUUAUAAAACAAAUUAAUCUACAAUUAAUACAUCUAAGCAACCAGAAUGGGAAAUACCUAAAUCAAAAAGAUUAAAUAUUAUUAAUUAAUAUGAUAAUCCUCCUCCAGGAGCAUAUAAAUUUAAAUCAUUUAUAGGUGAAGGUUUAAAAAUAUCGAUUUCAAAACCUGUCGAAAAACCUAAAGAAUAUAAUGUUUUAAUUGGUCCAGGGACAUUUGCUAAAAGUAAACGUUUAUUAGACAAAGGAAGUGAUACACCUGGUCCUGGAGAAUUUAAUUUAUAGUAAAAUAUAAGUGAAAAUAGAAAAAACUUUACUUUAGGACAAAAAUAUACAUAAAAAGCAUAUACAUAAUCUAACAAUCCUGGACCUGGAUAAUAUGAUUUAGAAUAAAAAUUUAAAAAAUCUUUGUUUACAAUAGGUUAAUCAUAAAGGUCAAAAAUAGCCAAUAGUUAAUAAACUCCAGGACCAGGCUCAUAUGAUUAUAGCUCUACAAGAAUUAAGAGUUAAACAGAUUAAAGUACUUAAAACAGAGGUUUAGGAUAUUCAAAUAGAGCUGAUUUAUUCAAAAAUGAUUAAUCUCCAGG